AUGGCUGGAGCUCUGGGCCUGUGCCGGGAAGUCAAAAUCGGGCCUCCGAUGCUUCCCGGCCACAUGACACCAGACACGCCCCUUUCCUGUCCUCCCUCUAAUGCAGACGGACCUUAUGGGCUCAGGGUCAGCUCAGACCGCGGCCUGAGAGUGGGCGAGGUCUUCACCGUUGACCUCGGCGGGGCCGUCCGGUUCGACUGCUCGGCGGACUCCAACCCCCCCAACGUUUACUCGUGGAUCCAGCGGGACGACAAUUGCACCCAAGUGAUCGAGCACGGCCCCCACCUGGAGGUGGCUCUGGAGGGCCUGGGCCGGAGCACCGACUACAUGUGCCGGGCCUACAACAACGUCACGGGGCGGCGAGGGGAGGCUCCCUUCACUGUGAUCAUCACGUCUCUAGGUAAGAACUCUGACCCAGGUAGCUGUGGGAGCCACUCUGACCUCAUGCUCUCCAUCUGGAGGAGGCAGGAUUUGAACCCCAACCUUCUCACCUUUAAUACAGCGCCGCUUACGUGUGGCUCAGGGGAGAGGAUUCUGGCCUUUGUGGAGGGCCGGGCAGGAGCGCAGCCUAAAGAGGAGAAGGGCAGGGCGCGCCGUCCAGAACGGCGGAGCCGGAGGCAGAGCUGGACCGCUGGAGAGGAGGCCGACCCGCCGGCCGGGCCCCAGGACCCCCAGGAAGAAGGCGCCUCUGUGACACCCAGCGAUGGGGCUGGCCCCGGGGCGCGCGUCCCUGCGCUCCCGGAGAGCCUCCGGCAGGAGCCCGUCGUUUUCCAGGCCGGGCCAGAGGCUGUCUCCGGGCCUCUCCAGGGCCGGGGACCGGAUCACCUCCCCAGCCAUCCGUCCCGGGCCCCUUUUCUUCUUCUGAAGACUCUGUGGCUCAUGGGCCGUCACCACUACACCAAUGAGCUCCCCCUCACCACUGCACACAGUAGGUGCUUAAUCAGUGUUCACUGGCUUGUCCUGGAAACUCUGAUUUCUCUUUCAGGCCAUGAAGAUGCCCUGGCUGACUUUGGGAUUUAUGAAUUUGUGGCCUUUCCAGAGCCUUCCACCGCUCCCAGGAUGCCCAGCAGGCCCCUCCGUGGCUCCGAGUGGGGGCCCGGGCAGGAGGUCUACGGCACAAUUUAUGAAGUUAUCCAGCACGUCCCCGCACAGGAGCAGCAGGGCCGUCCGGAGUAGGUGGGAGCCCGGGAGCCCAGGUCCGGUCAGAGAAAGCAGCCCCAGCCCACAGCCGUCACCUGCCUCCUGUCGGAGGCACACCUCAGCAGGGUAUUAGGCCCCCGAGAGCAGCCUCUGAGCAUUCAGGACCUCAACUCCGGGGGCCGUGCAGCCCACACCAGACUCCAACCCCUUGUCUCCCUGCUCCAGAACGGGACUUCCCGGAACGGCAGAAUCGUUCAUCCCCCCCGCUGUCGACGCACGUCCUGCCUGCUGCCGCCCUAGCUCUGAUGUUCACUCAGGCUGAGUACUCCAUCCCUGGAAAGGCUCCUGGGGAGGGGGCUGCCAGUCUCUUCCCUGGGUUCAGGGACAGAUCCAGCACUGUAGGUGAGAAGGAGAAACGUCCUUGUCCAGAGGCCACCUCUACCGUCCGCAGAGAGAGGAAGGUCAUUCUGGGCCUCUGAACUGGACCAACAGUCCCAGCAGAACUGGCUCCUGGACCCCUUAACCCAGGGGGCAACGGCCCCCCAUUCCCAGUUGUCUAAUAUCAAAGCUGGCUCCUUCCUGCCCGCCACCCCUCCCCUCUUCUUCCUUUUUUCCCCUUCCCACCCCCAAGCUUUCCUGGACCCUGAGAGAAUCGUGGGGUGACAAGUCUCUGCCCCCCCAUUCAUUUCUCCCAGUGAUUCCCACAGGGGACCAGGAAAACAUAGCUGGCAACAAGCCUUUUGUAAAAUGCCAAGGACAGCUGGGUUUUCAUCACCCCCGCCAAUUAAGAGUCAUGGUUUCCAAAAAGAAAGGAAGUUGGGGAAAUCUAGGAGGUUUGGAACCAUGAGGCUUGUGUUUGUGCGCCUCCCUUUAAAACUUAGAAAGGGCAGCUUCUGGCCACGGGCAGGAAAUGUCCACUGAGGGCUGAAAAAAAUAGAUUUGCCUAAAGUCUUCAUCAUCUCGAAUCCAGCUUCAGGGCUUUGCACAAAGACCCAAGGAGUUACCCUUGUGUGCACAGAAGCACAGAGGGAAACCGCUUCUCCUCUUUUCCUCUGCCUUCAUUUGUGGGAGCCUUUGCCUUUGGGCCUGGAGAAAUCCCAUUUACAUUUUCUGUUGUGUUGCUUUAAAUGUUGUCCUUAUUAGGGAGAGAAUUAGAAUAACACGACUAGAAGGGAAACAUCCCCAGAAAUGAGAUGACAUGUCCCCAGAAAAGACCUCAAACAUCCCCAGAAAGGAGCUCAAACAUCCCAAGAAAAGAAUUCAAAUAUCCCCAGAAAAGACACAAACAACCCCAGAAAGGACCUCAAAUGUUCCCAGAAAGGAGAUCAAACAUCCGCAGAAAAGAGCUAAAACCUCCUCAGAAAGAAGCUCAAACAUCCCCAGUAAGGAGAUCAAACAUCCCCAGUAAGGAGAUCAAACGUCCCCCAAAAGGAGCCCAAAUGUCCACAGAAAAGAGUUCAAAUAGCCCGAGAAAAGAGCACAAACACCCCCAGAAAGGAGAUCAAAUGUCCCCAGAAAGAUCAACCAUCUCCAGAAAGGAGAUCAAACAUUCCCAGAAAAGAGCUCAAAUGUCCCCAGUAAGGAGCUCAAACAUCCUCAGAAAAAAAACUCAAAAGUCCCUAGAAAGGAAUUCAAAAGUCCCCCCAAAAGCUCAAAUGCCCCCAGAAAAGAAGCCCAAACAUCCCCAGAAUGGAGCUCAAAUGCCCCCAGAAAAGAUGUCAAACGUCCCCAGAAAGGAGAUUAAAUGUUCCUAGUAAGGAGAUCAAAUGUCCCCAGUAAGGAGAUCAAAUGUCCCCAAUAAGGAGAUCAAACAUCACCAGAAAAGAGUUUAAAUAGCCUGAGAAAAGAACACAAACACCCCCAGAAAGGAGCACAAAUGUUCCCAGAAAGGAGAGCAAACAUCCCCAGAAAGAUCAACCAUCUCCAGAAAGGAGAGCAAACAUCCCCAGAAAAAAGUUAAAACUGCCCCAGAAAGGAGCUCAAAGUAAGUCCCCAGUAAGGAGAUCAAAUGUCCCCCAAAAGGAACCCAAACAUCCCCAGAAAAGAGUUCAAAUAGCCCUAGAAAAGAGCACAAACACCCCCAGAAAGGAGCUCAAACAUUCCCAGAAAGGAGAUCAAAUAUCCCCAGAAAGAUCAACCAUUUCCAGAAAGGAGAUCAAACAUCCCCAGAAAAGAGCUAAAACCUCCCCAGAAAGGAGAUCAAACGUUCCCAGGUAGGAGCUCAAACAUCCUUAGGAAAAAACUCAAAGAUCCCUAGAAAGGAGUUCAAAAGUCCCCCUGAAAAAUAGCCCAAACAUCCCCAGAAUGGAGCUCAAAUACCCCAGAAAAGACGUCAAACGUCCCCAGAAAAAAAUCAAAUGACCCAAAAAAAAGCUCAAAAUUUCCCCGAAAAGGAGCUCAAACGUCCCCAGAAAAGAGUUCAAACGUCCCCAGAAAGGAGGUCAAACAUCCCCAGUAAACAGCACAAACAACCCCAGAAAGAAGCUCAAAUGUUCCCAGAAAGCAGAUCAAACAUCCCCAGAAAGAUCAACCAUCUCUAGAAAAGAGCUAAAACCUCCCCAGAAACGUCUCCAAAAAAGAGCUCAAACAUCGCCAAUAAAGAUCUCAAACAUACGCAGAAAAGAGUUCAAACAUCCCCAGAAGGAAGCUCAAACGUCUCCACAAAGAUCAACCAUCCCCAGAAAGAUCAAACAUCACCAGGAAGGAGCUCAAAUGGCCCAGAAAAGAGCUCACAUAUCCCCCAAAAGGAGCUCAAACGUCCCCUAAAGAGCUCAAACGUGCCCAGAAAAGAACACAAACAUCCCCAGAAAGGAGCUCAAACGUCCCCAGAAAGGAGAUCAAACAUCUCCAGAAAGGAGAUCAAAGGUCCCCAGAAAGGAGAUAACCGUCCCCAGAAAGGUCAAACAUGCUCAGAAAAGAACUCAAAGGUCCUCAGAAAGGAGCUCAAACAGCCCCAGAAAGGACAUCAAAAGUCCCCAGAAAGGAACUCAAACUUCUCCAGAAAGAAGAUCAAACGUUCCCAGAAAGGGGCUCAAACAUCCUCAGAAAAGAACUCAAAAAUUCUCAAAAAGGAGCUCAAAUGCCCCCAGAAAAGACCUCAAAUGUCCCCAGAAAGGGAUCCAAUGUCCCCAGAAAGAUCAAUCAUCCCCAGAAAGGAGAUCAAACAUCCCUCCAAAAAGAGCUCAAACAUCUCCAGAAAAGAAUUCAAACGUCUUCAGAAAGGAUAUCAAAUGCCUGCAGAAAAUAGCUCAAACGACUCAAGUAAAGAUAUCAAACAUUCUCAGAAAAGAGCUCAAACGUCCUAAGAAAGGAACUCAAAAAUCCCCAGAAGAGAUCAAACAUCUCCAGAAAAGAGCUCAAACGUCUCCAGAAAAAAGUGCAGACAUUUCCAGAAAGUAUAUCAAAGUUCCCAGAAAAGAGCUCAAACACACUCAGAAAGAUCAAACGUCUCCAGGAAAGAGCUCAAACGUCUUCAGAAAGGAGCACAAACAUCCACAGAAAACGGAUAAAACGUUCCCUGAAAGGAGCUCAAACAGCCCCAGAAAGGAGCUCAAACGGGCCCUGAAAGGAACUCAACCGGCCCCAGAAAGGAGCUCAAAUGUCUCCAGAAAAGAGCACAAACAUCUACAGAAAGCAGCUCAAAUGUUCGCAUAAAGGAGCUCAAAAACCCCAGAAGAGAACAAACAUCCCCAGAAGAGCUCAAACAUAUCCAGAAGAGUUCAAACACCUCCAGAAAGGAUAUCAAAUGUCUUCAAAAAAGAGCUCAAACAUUUUCAGAAACAUCAAACGCCUGCAGAAAAGAGAUCAAGCAUCCCCAGAAGAGCUCAAACGUCCACAGAAAGCUCAACUUCCCUAGAAAAGAGCUCAGACAACCCAAGAAAGGAGAUCAAACAUCCCCAGAAUUCAAAUGUCUCCAGAAAAGAGCUCUAAUGUCUGUAGAAAGGAGCUCAAACAUUCCCAGAAGAGCUCAAACUUCUCCAAAUAAAAGCUCAAAGACAUCCAGAAAGGAUAUCAAAGUCCACAGAAGAGAGCUGACGUCCCCUGAAAAGAGCUGAAAGGGCCCCAGAACAGCUCAAACGCCUGCAGAAAAGAGCUCAAACUUCCCCAGGAGAGAACUCAAACAUCCCCAGAAGAGAGCAUAAACCUCCCCAAAAGGAGCUCAAACACAGAAAAGAGCCCAAACAUCUCCAGAAAGGAGCUCAAACGUCCCCUGAAAGGAGCUCAAAAAUCCCCAGAAAGAAGCUCAAAAGUCCCCAAAAGGAAUCAAACGUCCCCAGAGGAGCUCAAACGUCCCAAAAAAAGAGCUUAAACGUUCCUAGAUCAGAGUUCAGACAUCCCCAGAAAGGAGCUCAAACAUCCCCAGAAGAGCUCAAAUGUCUCAGAAAAGUCAAACGUCUCCAGAAAGAAGCUCAAACUUCCCUAGAAAAGAGCUCAGACGAACCCAGAAAGGAGAUCAAAUGUCCCCAGAAAUCAGAAAAACAUCUCCAGAAAAGAGUUCAAAUGUUUCCAGAAAGGAUAUCACAUGUCUUCAGAAAAGAGCUCAAACGUUUCCAGCAACAUCAAACUUCUGCAGAAAAGAGCUGAAAUGUCUCUACAAAUAAGCUCAAAUGUGCCAGAAAAGAGCUGAAACAUUUCUAGAUAAGAGCUCAGACUUCUUCAGAAAGCUCAAACCUUCCCAGAAAAACUCAAAAGUCUCGAGAGAAAAGCUCAAACAUCCCCAGAAGAACUCAAACAUGUCCAGAAUAAAAGCGCAAACAUCUCCAGAAAGAAUAUCAAAGUCCCCAGAAAAGAGCUCAAACGCAGAGUUUAAAUGUCCCAGAAAAGAGCUUAUAUGUCUCCAGAAAGUAUAUCAAAUACCCAAAAUAGAUCAAAUGUCCCAUGGCUCAAACAUCUCCAGAGCUCAAACGUCCCUAGAUAAGACUUCAAACCUCCCCAGAGAUGAGUUCAAACAUCUCCAUAAAAGAGCUCGACGGUCUCCAGAAAGGAUGUCAAACAUCCCCAGAAAAGAGCUAAAACGUCCCCAGAAAAGAUCAAACAUCUCUAGAAAAGAGCUCAAAUGUCAAUGCUAAAAUGUCCCCAGAAAAGACCUUAGAUGUCCCUGGAAAGGAGAACAAACAUCCCCUGAAAGGGCUAAAACGUCCCCAGAAAAGAUCAAACAUCUCUAGAAAAGAGCUCAAAUGUCAAUGCUAAAAUGUCCCCAGAAAAGACCUUAGAUGUCCCCGGAAAGGAGAACAAACAUCCCCUGAAAGGGCUAAAACGUCCCCAGAAAAGAUCAAACAUCUCUAGAAAAGAGCUCAAAUGUCAAUGCUAAAAUGUCCCCAGAAAAGACCUUAGAUGUCCCUGGAAAGGAGAACAAACAUCCCCUGAAAGGGCU